AUGGUACGCAGUAUUUUCUCACAACGUUACAAUUAUGCUAAAAUACGCGUUAAUGAGGCGCUAGAUGACGUCUUUCGGCGCAUAGCAAUAUUUCCGAAGAUCGCCAAGCUGCCGAAACUGAAACGCACCUACUACAUUUCGACCCACAAACCGAUCGCCGAAAAGAAGAACAAGACGAAGACCAAGGACAAGAAGUUGUUGCCUUCCUCCGAUUGGUAUGACAGUGAUUUCAUACCGAUGACAACGCGCUACGAACUCGAAAUGAUUUUGGACACGCCGCUAAUGGAGCGCCAUUCAGGGCACAACUCAAAAGGUACGUUCAGUCAUGUUUACUGGAAGUCUGCCGAUGCGGAUGAGGGACAGUCGAAUGCCGCCGUCACACAGGGCAGCAACGGUGAGUUGCCGUCGAUUAGCAAAAGUCAGGUAGUUAGUAGCAAAUCACCGCCCAUUGGCCAACCGUUGGCGGCAGCAAUGUCAAUUAGUACACCGCCGACGGCAGCACUUGCAACAACACCGCAGAGCUCAAAUAGUUGUGACAUGAAAAAAGAGUCGCCAGAACAGCCGCGCAUGAAGCAGAAGUAUGGGCAUGAACCACCAAAAAGCUUGGCUGCAACAAGGGAGUCGCACGACUUUGAGUUUGCGGUGCCUGAACUGAAUAAGCGACGCCGCUACAAGCAUCUCGAAAAGAGCUAUGAAUGCGAGCAGUGUCAUAAGAAAUUCGACCGUCCUUGGGUGCUGCAUGGCCACAUGCGUUUGCAUACAGGCGAGAAGCCAUUCGUUUGUCCGACGGAAUCGUGUCAGAAGCGUUUUGCUGAUCGUUCCAAUUUGCGCGCCCAUCAACGCACCAAAGGCCAUCACAGUUGGAGUUAUCAGUGUCCGCAGUGCACUAAGGCGUUCAGUCAGGAGAACUACUUGAGCCGUCAUACUUUGGAGGCUUGUCGCAAAUUUUUAGCGUCACACAGAAAUUGUUAA